CAGCUACUCUGGUUGAGCAGAACAGUCCUGACAUGGCUCUAGUUGGUACGGAACCUUUGCCAGCGACCAUGAAUCUCCCCUGGACUGGGGCGUCUGUCGUCCUUGUGCUGCUGCUAUGGACCGGUGAGCCCGCCAUUGCAGACGAGCUGGAGGGUUCCGGAGACGGCUGUGACUGCGACAACAUGGCCGAACAGAUGGCACAGGUGGAGGCCAGCCUAUCCGAGCAGAUGAAAGCCAACGACGAACGAGACAGCCGGCAGUCAGACCAGAUCUCUGAGCUGUUCAAGGAGAUGAAGAAGAACGGUGAUUCGAUCUGCCAGCUGUCUGAACAGGUGACUCAACUUGCAGCUCAGAUGGAAAGCAGCGACGACGUGCAGAAACUGACAGAGCAAGUCAAAAAGCUGUCUGAUGAUAUCAAAGACGCUAACGAGAAAAACGAUAAUCUGAAUCUGGAGAUGGAGAAGCUCGCUAGCCAGCUAACCAAUAUAUCCGAGCGGCUGAACAGCUCGGAGAGUAAGGCCGAGGCCGCGGACGCGCCCCACUGGCCGCCCCGCGACUGCAGCGACCUACCGGAGGACGCGAUCAGCGGCGUCUUCAUGCUGUACGCGGGCGGCGCGCCGGUUAGCACCUACUGCGACACGAACUCGACCGGCGGCGCCUGGACAGUCAUCCAGCGGCGAGACGACAUCAAGCCCCGAGAAAACUUCUAUCGCCGCUGGCGCCACUACAAGAGCGGCUUCGGCGACCCCAUGGGAGAGUUCUGGCUGGGUCUGGAUCACAUCAGCACCCUCACCUCGCACCCCGACCGGCCGUUCGAGCUGCGCGUCGAUCUGGAGGACUGGGAGGGCGCGCGCUACCACGCCAUCUACAGCACGUUCAGCGUCUCGGACGAGGCCGACGGCUACCGGCUGACAGUUGAAGGUUACUCGGGUGACGCCGGCGACAGUCUGAGCGCCCACUCGGGCCUGCGGUUCUCUACACGCGACCGCGACCAGGACGACUGGCUGUACGGCAGCUGCGCGCGCACCCGGCGCAGCGGCUGGUGGUUCCGCGACUGCGGCCCGGCCAGCCUCAACGGGCGCUACGUGACCAGUCAGCGCAAACAGAACAAAUACAGCCUCAGCUGGGACACGUCCCGCGGCCACCAGAUCCCGCUCCGCACGGUCACCAUGAAAAUACGACCGGCUCCCGGGACAGAAGAGUGAGCUCACGGCUCAGCCCGCCACACCGGUAUACUGACAGACGGGAGAUCUAGCCGCUCCGAAACCCGCUACGAGGAGUCAAACUGAGGAACCUAUCGUUCAUCCUACAGACGAGGUGUAUUUAUUUAGUUGGGCACUUAGUAUUUAUGGAAACGAGACAGACGCAGACAUGUAGUAGGGCGCUCGGUAUUUAAUAAAAUCCUAAUUUACAA